UCUGUCAGAGAAGUUUUUCCGACCGCUCAUGAGAAUAAACAGCAUGGAACUCAUACGAAAAUGUCUGACAACUCUACUCCAUACUGGACAGAAGGAGUUCAGAAAACACGUAAAGAGCUACAUUGAUGAGGGUUAUGUUAAAAGUAACAAAAAUGUUGUCAGCGAAGACCUUCAGGUGCUUGUUGAAGUGGACAACAACACUAAGGAAGUGAGCAGCGAAGAUGAAAUCGCACAGAGUGAUGACAAUGAGCAGUACAAAGAAAAGUACUUCACUCUUAAGGAGGACCAUGAAAAGAUUCUGUUGGAGCAUGCUCAGCUGCUGACUAAGUACCAGCAGGUGCAAAAGCAACUUGAUGAGAUAAAGGCUGGUAAGGAAGAAAACAGAGGCCUCAAACGACCAAAUGACUCCAAUUGUGACAUAAGCAAAGGUGAUGAUGUACAGGCAAAAUGGGUUGAUGAGGAUGGAAAUGAAACCUGGUUAUCAGCUACAGUGACAAAAGUGUUAAAACAUGAUGUGCAAGUACAGUUCCACUGUGAUCAGACAUUUUGUAGAGUGCCAAGAGAUUGUAUUAAAUAAAGGCAUGAACUACAUUGAUGCUUGGUCAGCCUCUACUAAAGCCAGAUAGUUUGUUUCGACCCAUAUUACAGACAUAGUUGUAACCUGCUGUUGAAAUAAAGAAAUUACAAUUUUGCAGAUACUUUCUGAUCGGUUGUUGUGAACAUAGGUAUUAGAGUGCUGGGAAUUAAUGUUAUAGAUAUUAUUUAUGAUAUAUUAUAUAUUUAAUAUAUAUGUGCUGUGCCCCUGUUGAUAACUAGUUAUUGCCUCGAGUGCUUUAAAAAGAAAUGGUAUCAACCAAUGUGCUAAUCUGGUUUUAUGAUAUGUAAUUUAACAGUGUUUAUUUUAAAAAGGGAAUGUCCAAUCAUUCCCAAAAUACG